AGCAGCAGCUGUUUGUCUGAGGCCCAGGACGUCUGUAAAGUGACAGUGAAAGUUGCUUCUGCUGGAGGCAGCAGGAUUAUGACUUGCACUUACACAGUCAGCAACUGGAAAAAUGCCAGGUUCUAAAAGUAGCUUGGUGUCUGUACAGGAGGAUGUUGUAAAUGAUAAUUAAGCCUUCAGUGAAACGAAGAUUUUGGAAGAGAAAGGAUCUGUUGAAGACAGAACAAUGACUCUGAUUGAGAAGAAUGGCUAUCACGACUCCAUAUACAUAACUGCAGCUAAGAUUUUCCAAGGCAUUUGUACUGAAAAGAGUAAGGAUGGAAUGCUGGUGCAGUACAGUGGUGACUCAGUGUCUCCCAUGCUGGAUUGUAAAGAUGACUAUUCCCAGCACGUAGCGUAUGAAUUGGCUUUCAAUGCUCUGAAAUAUCAGGAUCUUCUUGAAGAAAUAUUGUUAAACAGUUGUGUUUACCCAUGCCAGUCAAUACCAGAUGAAUUAACCAGCUUGCUUGUUGUGAUGCUUUAUGACCUACAAGACCGAAAGUUUCAAGCAAGACAGAUUUUUGAUGAAGAGGAACCCGUAGCAGAAGUUCGGAAAAUAGAGCUUUAUCUCAACAGUUUUAGGACCAAAUUGGCAGCUGCACUGGCAAGAUAUCGCAUCGAACAUGAUGCUUUUUCCAUUGCAGACAUCCUACCAGAAACCAUAAGGAAGCAGGAACAAAGGGCUUCUGCUUUACCUUUAUGUGUUUGGAUAAACACACUUAAAACCAGCCUUGAAGAUGUUUUCAGAGAUCUGAAGAAGAAGGGAUUCACAAGAGUUGAAUCUGUGGCGGACCUUGACCGUUACACAUACUGUGUGGACCAACAUUGCCCCGAUGGAUUAAUUUUUCCUUCCUCUCUCAAAGAAGAACUGCUCAGUUUAGAUCUUUUUGCAGAUGGCAAACUCUUACUGCAGGACAAGUCCCGCAGCCUUGCCGUGCACUCUGCACACGUACUGCUGAAUAUGGGUGAUGACAUUAUAGUGGCUCAUGCAGGUUCCCAUCUGACCAUUGCCCACAUGUCAGCGCUGACAGUUCACAGCCUGUCCAGAAUUGUUGUUUGUGGUGUAAAAUCUUCAGCAAAAGCAGAGGAACUGAGGAACUUGUUCAGUCACAUGGGAUGUAAAAAUAUCCAGUUGUUACCUGAAGACUUUACUGAGAUUGGACCAACAGACUCAAGACUUGAAAAGGCAAAAGUUAUUUUGCUGCUCCCACGGUGCUCUGCGCUGGGUGUUGGCAAUCCAAUAGACUUUAUUUUACAUGAACACGGAGAUGCAGGAUUGCUGAGAGACCUUUUCCAAGGGCGUGUGUCUGAGGAUAAGCUCAAUACUCUUGCCGAGAGGCAGCUUCGUGAGUUGACACACGCGAUGAAAUUUAACAAAGUACAAGCUAUUGUUUACUGCACUUGUUCUGUUUACCCAGAAGAAAAUGAACUAGUGGUGAAAAAAGCACUGGAAUCUGGAGUGGAAAGAAAUAAAGCACAUCCGUUUAGGCUUAUUCCCUCUGUCUUUUCCUCUUGCUUCGAUUCAGAGGCUUCCUCUGAAUGUUUUUUCAGAAUGGAGCCAUCAGAAAUCUCCAGCGGCUGUUUUCUAGCUGUUCUAGCAAGAGAGAAAGAUUCUUCCGAAGGUGUUAAAGAAAUUUUGGCUCGUGCUGCAGCAAAAGGUCUCCUAGACGGCAUUGUAGGAAAAUCAAAGAAAGAGGAGAAAAAGCAGCGAGUAACCGCGCGCAGGCGGCACACGACCGGCGGUGUGGCAGAGCCCAAGGGCCCAGCGUUCCCUCGCCACCAGACCGCGGCUACUACUGAAGCCCCAGUUCCAGUAUCUAAAGCGGCCCGUAAGGCACAGCAGAAGGCCGCGAACCGCACGCUCGGCUCCGUCCCGCUGAGGCCAUCCGUCCGCCCCGCCGCAGCCGCGGCUCCGCCUCGGGGGCAGAAGCCCCCGCCCGCCGCGGCCCCCGCGGCCCGGGUGCGGGGCGGCCCGGCGCUGCCGCGGAAGGCCGGCGCUCAGCGCCUGCCGCUGCCGCUGCGGACCGUGCGCAUCGUGUUCCCUCCGGCGCUGGAGCCGUGCGGGAGCCCGGGAGGGCCGCGCGCUGCGUGCCGGGCUGCGGUAACGCGCCCAGCGCCGCACACCCGACACCUUCGCGUCCGGGAACCCGCGCGGGGAAGGAGCUGCCCCGUGGGAUGUUUGCACACGCACAUCCACGGUAGUCGCUUUUAA